AUACCCCCGCUCCAUGAGAGCAAUUAGAUUCAGCGCUGUUUCCAGUGCCUCUGUAAUGACUCAUUGAAACAUUUUCUGUGUCGAUAAAGCCGCAUAUCUUGUCUCUCCCAUCACACACACACACACACACACACACACUUCUAGUUAGGCUGCCUUCAGUACACCGGGACUGUGCUUGUUACUUUGGAUUUGCAGAGCAGCAGGCUGGACGUGGACUUUAGUGUUUUCCAUAUGUGGUGUGCGUUUCGCCUGAAGUCGGGACUUACAUGAAAGAGUCAGACAGUGGAAAUUCAGGCUAAGAAUAUCCCAUUAAGCUGGAGCCCAGGUAAUGAAAGAGCACCCUAAGCUCUCUUCUACUCUGAACAGGGGAGUUGUACAGCAGCUAUCCAUGCAGGCUCUCAGAAUGGGGAGCUCUGAGAAAGCUGCAUUUUUUGGCUAAGGCUCUUUAUCUCAGCUUGCAGUGUGAGGAGAAACAGGAAGGCUCUCGGGGAGGUGCAAGGGGGACACUGAGGACCAAAAGGUGGACCGUAACCAUUACGUGCCAGGCACAGGCUCAGCACUGCAGGAGCAUGUCAGUACCCCGAGUCCUUUUGUGGAUGUAUCUGUCAACCAGCCUUCUGCUGUGGAUGAGGUUGGCGUCCAUCUGCGUGGCUGUUGUUCAGGCUCAACAGCACUCUGUUGUCACCACCAAUUAUGGAAAAUUGCGUGGAGUGAAGGUUACUUUACCCAAUGAGAUUCUGGGACCAGUGGAGCAGUAUCUGGGGAUUCCAUAUGCAUUGGCCCCAACGGGGGAGCGGAGGUUCCAGCCACCGGAGCCACCCAUGUCCUGGCCUGGCAUCAGGAAUGCUACUCAGUUCACACCAGUUUGUCCUCAGUUCUUAGAGGACCGGUUUUUACUCAAUGAUAUGCUCCCUGUGUGGUUCACCGCCAGCUUGGAUACACUGGUGACCUAUGUGCAGGAGCAGAGUGAAGACUGCCUUUACCUGAACAUCUAUGUCCCCAUGGAGGAUGAUAUUCAUGAUGAGAAUGGGUUAAAGCCAGUCAUGGUUUACAUCCAUGGAGGCUCCUACAUGGAGGGAACUGGCAACAUGAUUGACGGCAGCAUCCUGGCCAGCUACGGGAAUGUUAUUGUCAUCACAAUCAACUACCGACUUGGAGUUCUGGGGUUUCUAAGCACAGGAGACCAGGCAGCCAAGGGUAACUAUGGCCUGCUGGAUCAAAUUCAGGCUCUCAGGUGGAUCAAAGAAAACAUCCAGGCCUUCAAAGGAGAUCCAAAGAGAGUGACCAUUUUUGGAUCUGGUGCUGGAGCAUCGUGCGUCAGCCUGCUCACCCUUUCACAUUACUCAGAAGAUCUGUUCCAGAAAGCCAUCAUCCAAAGUGGCACAGCGCUGUCCAGCUGGGCGGUCAACUACCAACCUGCCAAGUACACACGAGCCCUGGCUGAGAAGGUGGGCUGCAACAUGUUGGACACCACUGACCUGGUGGAGUGUUUACAGAACAAGAACUACAAGGAGCUGAUAGAGCAGUACAUCACACCAGCAAAGUACCAUAUUGCCUUUGGGCCUGUUAUUGAUGGUGAUGUGAUCCCAGAUGACCCUCAGAUUCUCAUGGAGCAAGGGGAGUUCCUCAACUAUGACAUCAUGCUGGGUGUUAACCAAGGGGAGGGGUUUAAGUUUGUAGAUGGCAUUGUGGACAGUGAGGAUGGGGUGUCUGCUAAUGAUUUUGACUUUGCUGUUUCGGACUUUGUGGACCAUCUUUAUGGCUACCCAGAGGGCAAGGACACUCUGCGAGAGACCAUCAAAUUUAUGUACACAGACUGGGCAGACAAGGAGAACCCGGAGACCCGGCGUAAGACUCUGGUGGCUCUCUUCACUGAUCACCAGUGGGUGGCACCAGCAGUGGCCACAGCUGACCUACAUGCCCAGUAUGGGUCACCCACCUACUUCUAUGCUUUCUACCACCAUUGUCAGAGUGACAUGAAACCCAGCUGGGCUGACUCGGCCCAUGGUGAUGAAGUGCCAUAUGUGUUUGGAAUCCCUAUGAUUGGUCCCACAGAUCUGUUCAACUGCAAUUUCUCCAAGAAUGAUGUGAUGCUGAGCGCUGUCGUCAUGACCUACUGGACUAACUUCGCUAAAACAGGGGAUCCAAAUCAGCCAGUUCCACAGGAUACAAAGUUCAUCCAUACAAAGCCCAACAGGUUUGAGGAGGUAGCCUGGACCAAGUACAACCCCAAAGACCAGCUAUACCUUCACAUUGGCCUCAAACCUCGGGUUCGAGACCACUAUCGGGCUACCAAGGUUGCGUUCUGGUUAGAACUAGUUCCGCAUCUCCAUAACAUAAAUGAAUUUUUUCAGUACGUAUCCACCACAACAAAGAUACCCCCGCAAGACACUACCCCCUACCCUUACACAAAACGGUUCCCUGGCAAAAACAAUUGGCCAUCCACCACCCGCCAUCCAGGGGUUUCCUCAGCCAACACCAAACAAACCACUGACCAACGCAAGAGUGGCGACCUGACUGAGGAGUCCACUGUGGUGAUCGAGACCAAGAGGGAUUACUCCACCGAACUCAGCGUCACUAUAGCAGUUGGAGCCUCCCUACUUUUUCUGAACAUCCUUGCUUUCGCCGCACUCUAUUACAAGAAAGACAAACGCCGGCAUGAGUCCAACCGGCGUGUUCCCACCCCACAGCGCAAUUCUGCUCCAGCCAAUGCGCCAUCCGCCACCAACGACAUGGCCCACCUGCAGAGCGAGGAGCUGAUGUCACUGCAGAUGAAGCAGCAGCAACUGGAGCAUGAGAAUGAAUGCGAGUCACUGCAGGCCCACGCCGCUCUGCGUCUCUCUUGCCCGCCUGACUACACGCUCACCUUGCGUCGGUCACCUGACGACAUACCACUGAUGACGCCCAGCACCAUCACUAUGAUUCCCAACUCACUGGCUGGCAUGCAGCCUCUGCACAACUUCAAUACUUUCAGUGGCAGCCAGAACAGUACCAACUUACCCCACGGCCACUCCACUACACGGGUAUAGCUCUGCGUGGACAGGAAUGGCACUGAGCUACCUUUGGAUAAGCCACUAACCACAUAAAGCAAGCAUGAAUGACUGACUGUGGGAAGCACAGACUCCAAAGUCUCAGCAGAUGUUAUUUUGCUACCAUGCCUUCUUGAAAAUAUAUAAAGUAUAAAUUGAUCAUGAACUCAUGAAAAUGUUGAAUGUUACUGUACUAGUAACUCUAUUUGGAACCAAGUUUCAUGGAAGGAGUUUUACCAAAAGAAAUGGCAACCAGGGGAUGUUAAUAUUCUUACAUUACAAGAUGAACAGUUUCUAUGUGACAAAGGGACGCUUUGCAGAGGCUUCUGUGCCAUAAAUACACAAUAGGAAGAAAGAGAACAAUUGUUGAAAUUCAUGACUUCAUGCAUCAGACGCCUGAAUCGGGCACAAAAUUCUACACCCCAGCCUGAAAUGUAUUUAUGAAAAACAAAAAAAGAAAGAAAAAUGGUAUAUAGUUGUGGAUGGAAAUUUAAAAAAGAAA